AUACGCAUACACCGCCUUCACCGCAGACAAGCUUCUCUAUUCCUCCUCGGUGUGUGAAACAGAGAGAGACAGACAGAGACAGCGAGAGACAGGAGAUGGAUUCGGCGCAAAACGAUCUAGAGCGGCUGAUGCUAUUCGAGCAUACUCGUCGGACUGCUGAAGCCAGCUACGCUAUUAACCCUAACGACGCCGAUAACCUAACUAAAUGGGGAGGGGCAUUGCUCGAAUUAUCCCAAUUUGGAGAUAUAAAUGAGUCCAGGAAGAUGAUUAAAGAGUCCAUUUCAAAGCUAGAGGAGGCAUUGGUAAUCAAUCCCGCAAAGCAUGAUGCACUGUGGUGCCUAGGAAAUGCCCACACUUCACAUGCAUUCUUGACUCCCGACCGCGAUGCGGCACAGAUCCAGUUCAAGAAUGCGUCAGAAUGUUUCCAAAAAGCAGUAGAUGAGCAACCAGGAAAUGAGAUCUAUUGCAAGUCUUUGGAAGCCACAGCCAAGGCUCCAGAAUUGCACAUGGAGCUACAUAAACACGGGUUUGGUCAACAGGCUAUGGGUGGAGCUUCUUCUGCUGCUACUAAUGCAAAGAAGGGGAAGAAGGGUAAGAAUAGCGAUCUAAAGUAUGACAUAUUUGGGUGGAUAAUACUUGCUGCUGGAAUUGUCGCAUGGGUGGGAAUGGCCAAGUCUCAUGUUCCUCCACCUCCUCCAAGAUAAGCCGAAAAUUAUUUUUUUGUCGUGCAUGGAUGUUAGUAACAUCUGCUGAAGGAUGCAAUUUUUCAGAGACAGACCAAGCUGAUACUUGUAGUGAAUUGAAAUUUGAGGCAUACGUAUGACGUCUAUAUAUUAAUUUUUACUUGGUAAUGUUAUUGUGGUGUUAAAUUGGAUGUUAAGGUUAUCUUUAAUAUGAAUUCCUGUUUUUGCUUUA